CGUGACUAGUCACAGUCACAUGCCAACAUGGCUGCCACUAUAUCCAACGAAGAUUUCGUCAACUUACAGCUUCUUCUGAAGGCUCCUUCGAAAGAUGCAGUGAGAGAGGUCUGUGUGCAGAGUCAGAAAGGUCUGAGUCACCAGCUGACUGAGAGCACUGCAGCAACACUCGGCAUCUCUGCAGCCCAGGCUGCACAGCUGGUUCAGUCCCUCCAUGUCCUCUCCCAUCAUAUCCUCUUCUACAACCUCACCUCUCCAGAGCAGAUCCUCGCUGUAUUCCCUGAGUCCUUCCACUCCAGUCUGAAGAACCUGAUCACCAAAAUUCUGCUGGAGAACAGUGCAACAUGGAAAACAGAAGCCCUCAGUAAUCAGAUCUCUCUCCCUCAACUGAAGGACUUGGAUUGGAGAGUUCACAUGGUGACCAGCUCAGACUCUGUCAGUCGGAUGUCAGUGCCAUCCUGCCUGGUUCAACUCCAGAUGGUGGAUCUGUGUUCAUCAGCAGGCAGUGAGUCUGUCUCCUCUGUGACUGUGGAGCUGAGCAGGGAGUCUCUGGACACUAUACUGGAUGGACUUGGACGCAUUAGAGACCAGCUGUCUGUAGUUGCUGGGAAAUGAUCCCUGAAAGCUCAGUGAUGGUGCUUUGAUGAUUUUCACAGUGUGAUGCUGAUGUGUUCGGACCACCGCCUCACCUGCCUGUGUGCCACGGCUUAGGUUUCAAACGAUGUAACCAUAGAUUGUUACAUAUAAUGUAUGGUUUGGACUGAAGCUGCCUCUCGCUGUCAUUUUUGUGCCACAAAUUCAGUUGGAACUUUGUCAUUUAACUGUAAUUUUGCUUUUGACUUCAUGUUGCCAAGCCAGAAAACAAGAAACACCCGGCAACAUCUUAUAAACAUUUAUCAUUUUAACACUUGAAUAAUCUAAAGAGUAAUAACAUCCAAGGAUCAAUAUGAUGUUGCUUUUUUUGUAACUAUUAAUAUCAAAAUAAACUUGUUGUGUGUGUA